CAGUAGUUCAGGGAGGCUGCUUUCGUCGGAUGUUUUUUUCGUCCUGUGAAACGAGCCUCGCGGGACGUGGGGCGUACGUCCGUCGGUAAUGCUCCUCACUCAGGACUAUAUAUAACAUCUGAAUGAUAUCGUCCAGCUAGAGAAACGCUUUCAACGCUAAUAGACGAGCGGAGAGAGAACUGCUCCUUAGCAAGAAAUAUGGACUUGCAAAUACUAGCUCACAGACUCCGGGUCACCAGCAUAUCCAAGAACGGGCUGGUCAAUUACACUCACCCUCUAAUAAAGCUGAUAUUUCUCCGCAACAGGACGCGAUGCAAGUUUUUUAGCCUGACAGAAACACCUGAGAACUACACAGUCGUUCUUGAUGAAGAAGGAUUUAAAGAGCUGACGCCCUCAGAGCACCUCCAGGUCGAGAGCUCCAUCUGGCUGCCCCUCAAUGUUGCCUCCAACGGCAACGCCUCCAGCAGCUCGCAGGCUGUCGGCGUAACAAAGAUUGCCAAGUCGGUCAUCGCUCCACUUGCCCAGCAGCACGUUUCCGUCUUCAUGCUCUCCACAUAUCAGACUGACUUCAUCCUGGUGAGAGAGAAAGACCUGUCAGUUGUCAUCAGUACGUUGAAUGAGGAGUUCAACAUUUUUAAGGAGGUGGAAGGAGAGUAUGUGCCUGUGGGUUGCCAGGACUUUACCAACGGCCUCUUGAAGAACGGCAAAGAAGCCGUCCAGCCCACAGUUCACCCAGUGCUGAUCCCACAGAACCAGUUCUGCGUCAUGUCUCUGGACCCGGACACGCUGCCCUCCAUCGCCACCACCCUCAUUGAUGUCCUCUUUUACUCCAACAGUCCUAAGGAAGAAAGCGAAUCGUCUACGGGUCAGGACUUGGAAUGUAUCAAAUUCUUCUCCUUCUCUCUCAUUGAUGGAUACAUCUCAUUAGUGAUGGACACUGAGGCUCAGAGACAGUUUCCUGCUGACCUCCUGUUCACCAGCUCCUCUGGGGAGCUCUGGCGGAUGGUCCGUAUAGGUGGUCAACCGCUGGGUUUUGAUGAAUGUGGCAUAGUCGCCCAGAUAUCUCAGCCCCUGGCAGAUGGCGACAUUUCUGCCUAUUACAUCAGCACCUUCAGUUUUGACCAUGCUUUGGUGCCUGAAGAAGACAUCAUGAGUGUGACGGACAUGCUCCGCCACCAGAGGAAUGAACCAUCCACCACUUGACUCGUCGUGUCCUCCCCUCCUUGGUCAGUUCUUCUUGGACAGCGGUAUCAGGAAAGGAUGUUAACUGUGCCUAGAUCCUCACUGCACCGCCAACAGUAUUAACAACUACGACUUUGCCAUUAAAACCAGGAGCGCUUCUUUAUGACUUCUCUAAAGCUCCUCUGUGGCGCUUCUUGUCUUAGCUAAGCUAGAAAAGAUUUGCAGACAGCCCCACCAAACCCCAGGGGGCCUUGAAGAACACACAUGAUGCGCAUGAUGAAGACAACAGCGCACUUAUACAAUUCAAAUCAGAAAUUCGGGCAUGAACAGGUAAGAUAGACUCUUUGUAUUUAUGCAAGAUCCUAUGAUCUAUGUCUGGUAUAAAGUCAAAGUAUUCUACAGGACUUCCCUAUGUGGCAAACACAGACUACAUAGUCUUCCUUUUAUAUGGACAUCUUAAAUAAUGAGACUAAUGUUGGGUUAUGUUGUUUAAUUAGGAGAAAAUGCAUAGUAUUUUUCCCUGUUACAUAAAAGGCAUGUACAUGCACUUUGGCAGGUCCAUAAGCAGCAGAUAGGAAAAAAUAGCUCUGUUAAAGAUCUCUCUAAUUGAAAUUGGAUGUUUAUGCCUUUUGGUUGCAAUCAACCCAUUAAUAGUAACUCACACAGCCACUAAAACAUAUUUCUGCAGGUAAUUAAUUGUAGUUUACUCAUUUCCUGGAAGCUGAGCAUCAAAAAUCAUCCCUUACCUUUUUAAAAUGCAAACAUGACAAGAAGAUUGGGAGAAUGUAUCAUACUACUCCAAGCCUUCUCAGCAACCUUCGAAGGAAAGACUUGAAAAUGUUAUAGCUAUAAGCUGUAAGUCCAGCAUUAGUUUCAUAAUUUAGCUUCUCAAAAAGUACAAGUAUGUGAAUAUCAGGUUUCUAACUCCAUGGCUAAAAUAUGUGGGAAGUAACCUGUUAAUUAUUUUUCAUCUAAGAUUAUUAUGAGAGUUCUUUAACACAAGUUGUAGCUCAUUUUCCUUUGAUAAGAAUGUGGAGUGUGAAAUUCUUUUUUAUAACGGGUCAUCCUUUUUAAGCAACAAUGUCAUGGUCAAUAACACUAUGUCUUAGUUUUUGCUACUUGCACAAUAAACCUUUGACUAAUAAAUUUCAAUCAGAAGUUGUUUUUUUUGUUGUUUUUUUGGUACAAGUACAUUUUCUACCAUUUCUGAAGUGUUCUGUAAACCUUUGUAACUUUUGUGCUGCUUCCUUCAUUCAAUAAAAACAGAUUAUAAAAAAAAA